AUGCCUCAUUUCCUGGAAGAGACCCGCGCGAUCCGAGAAGAUGGAACGUGGCGGAUCGAUCCGCAACCGGCCGCGCUGAGGGAUCGACGCGUCGAUAUCGGAGACGUGUCUCCUGCCAAUCAAGACUUCCUGCUGCGUGCUAUGAACUCUGGAGCGCAGGGUGUGCAAGUGGACUUCGAUGACGGACACUGUCCGACAUGGAGCAACACAAUUCAAGGCCACUUUAAUCUUCUACAAGCAGCUCGCGGCCUGCUGGAGGUCUCUGGAGAGACAACUGUCGCCAACCCAGCGCUUCUAAUUGUCCGUCCACGGGCUUGGAAUAUGGACGAGCCGCACAUGGUAGUGAACGGGCGUGUUGUGCCUGGCGCGCUCUUUGAUUUUGGAAUGCACCUGUUCCACAAUGGAAGAGGGCCGUUCUUAUAUCUCCCCAAGCUGGAAGGAUACAAGGAAGCCGCGUUGUGGCGAAGAAUCUUCGAGUUUACGGAGAAGAAACUCGAGUUUGCCCACGGAAGCAUCAAGGCGACGGUGUUGAUCGAGAACAUUUUUGCUGCAUUCGAGAUGGAUGAGAUUCUGUUUGAGCUUCGUCAUCACUCGUCAGGCCUAAACUGCGGCAUGUGGGACUACACGGCGUCUAUUGUGGUCAAUUUCCGCCAUCGGCCCGAGUUCUUGCUGCCAGACCGUCAGCAAUACUACAUGGAUCUGCUGAUUUCCACUUGCAAGCGUCGAAAUGCACCGGCAACUACCGGCAUGGUUCCGUUUGUUCUUUCAGAAUUGCCAUCGGGAUUAUCACAAGCCGAAGCGAUUGAUAAAACUCGAUCUGGGAAAUCGAUGGAGGCUCUGGCUGGAUCUGACGGCGCGUUGGUAUACGACUUGGCGCUUGUUACACCCGUAGCAGAGGUAUUUACGACACCACGCGAACGCACGGGCAAGACGAGAUCGUCAUCUGUUGCUUUUGACGAAAAAAUGUUCACUGAAAAGCUGCUCACUCUCCCCAGAGGGCACGUCACGUUACGGUCCGUGGAGAUGAACGUUCGUGUAGCACUUCUCUACGUGCUGCACUGGCUGCACGGACAAGGCACUGUCGUGGUUAAUGGGUGUGUUGAAGACUCAGCCACGGCUGAAAUUUCUCGUGCGCAGUUAUGGCAAUGGGUGUAUCAUCGCGUCCCUAUCACGGGAACUUCACAGCAAGUGAACGCCUCGUGA